GGUGUUAGCUGCUCGAGUGAUGCGUUCAUGAGGCGGGGAUGAAGUGCAGCCUGGGCGUGGGCUGUCUGCAGUAUUUACACAGCAUUGUAAGCAACGGGUUAAUAAAUGAUCAGUCACUGGAACAUUUCUGGGAAAAGUGCAAGGAAGAAAAUGCAAAGUGAUAUAUGAAAAAACAAAACAAAACAAAAAAAAAAAAACCCAGCAAAAUAUUGAAGAUUAAUAAAAUAAUCAUUCAGCCACUGGAUUAUUCCAUUUGAUUCCAGCUUCCAGUGGACUGCAUCGUUUUACUCCUCAAGACUACGGUGUGGUAGCAGAGAGAAGCUCUGAGGCCAGCCUGUGGAGAUGACAGAGUACAAGCUAGUGGUGGUGGGAGCUGGUGGUGUUGGGAAGAGCGCACUAACCAUCCAGCUCAUCCAGAACCACUUUGUAGACGAAUAUGAUCCAACAAUAGAGGACUCCUAUAGAAAACAGGUAGUAAUUGAUGGAGAGACGUGUUUGUUAGAUAUCUUGGACACUGCGGGUCAAGAGGAGUACAGUGCAAUGAGGGACCAGUACAUGCGGACAGGAGAAGGCUUCCUGUGUGUCUUUGCCAUUAACAACACCAAGUCCUUUGAAGACAUCCAUCAGUACAGAGAGCAGAUAAAACGAGUCAAAGACUCCGAUGACGUCCCCAUGGUGCUCGUAGGAAACAAGUGUGACCUGCCGGCGAGGACAGUGGAUACACGGCAAGCACAGGAUCUUGCCAGGAGUUAUGGGAUACCUUACAUUGAGACAUCAGCCAAGACCAGACAGGGAGUGGAAGACGCGUUUUACACUUUAGUCCGUGAGAUCCGGCAGCACAAACUGAGAAAGCUAAACCCUCCAGAUGAAAGUGGACAGGACUGCAUGAACUGCAAGUGUGUCGUGUCGUGAUUAUGUUUUCAGAAUAUCCGAGGCAUGGCUUACCAAGCAGUGCUAAAGGACAGACCCAAAGCGAAGAUGAAAGUGCAUAUCCAUGGAGGACGAAGCCAUCGGAGACUGUUUCCACUGAGCGGAGGUCUCCUGUGGAGAUUCCCCAGCUCAGUUCAUGACUGCCACACAAACACAACAAACCACUUUCUCCCAACUUACAGAGCUGCAGAGCUGGAGUGUAAUCACACUUUAAAUUAUUAUUGUAUUGUCUGAACACUGGUCUUAACCUGCCUUUGGGUGAUACAUUUUGGUUUAUUUUUUAAAGUGCUGGAAAAUAGUGGUUUCUGAGUUGCUUUGCUGAAACAAACAAUCAGAAUCCUAUACUGAAUAAAUCGUACAACUG